CUCAGAGAGAGGGCGAGAGUGUCCAAGCAUUUGGUAUGUGUUUUCAGAAGGUAUCCGAUGCCCUCAUGACAAGAGGGAAGUUGUCGGAAGUAGAGAGGUGCACGAUUUUUCUCAGCAAACUACCUAGGGCGAAGCAAAAGGCGGUGCUGAGGGAGACACCUAAUGAUAAGUUAGAAUUCACUACAUUGCUUAAGCUGGCAAUGAAGGCAGAAGCCGAUGACUACAAGGAUUUACUCUGGAGAGGCAUGCAGCGAGAGGAUUAUUCUCUCUACAAAGAGUAUGGGACAGAUAGGUGUCCAGACUUUAAUGACAAACCUUGGGCAGAACGACGUUAUCUGAUGGACGCCGACAGGCCCCAACGGUCAGGGGAUAACGACGCGGUAAUAGAGGAGAUGAAAGAGACGAUGAAGGGAAUGGCCAGAAAGAUGGCAGACUUCGAGACGAAGGUCGCGACUACGUAUCGGGAUAAGCCUGGAUCCCCCUAUUCUUUGCGGUGGGACCGUAGGAACAGCGACCCGUGGAGAAGCAUUGAAGAUCGGAACCCUCGCACGCCGGCUGAUUACCGCGUGAGGGAAAGGGAUGAAGAGGAUCGGAGACGUAGAGAUGAAGAGGAUCGGAGACAUAGAGAUGAAGAGGAUCGGAGGCAUAGGGAGGAUGAUGACUGGAGGCGCAGGGAUGAUGAUAUAGACAGAGACCACCGGCGUGACGAGUAUCGAGGAGGAAACUCCUAUAGUCAAGGAGACAGAUCUGACCAGUAUCCGCGCAGCCCGAGGUACGGAAGAAACACCGAAGGGUACCGAAGCCCGGACAAUUUUAACUCGAGGGAUAGAGAGGACUCCUGCGACAAAUGAGAAUUAGACAGGGACCGCCGAGAUGGAUAUCGAAGCGGUUACGAGCAGACAGAG